UUAGUUCUGAUGGCGCGGAUGUCCCCCCAAGGGUAAUUUCAGAGUGCGCGUCCAAGAGCCCAGAUCCUUAAACCUCACACUCCAGCACCUAGCACUCGCACCCCCUGGUAGCGGCCAGCAGGUGUGCUCUUCUCAGGCCGUCCUGCAGUCAAGGAGCAGAGUGUACUCUGCGUUCGUCUCUUCCGACAACACUUGAAGCCGCACCGGGGCGCAUCCAACAAAUCUCAUUAAUCCAAACAUCCACCCGUCCAAGGUGUCCCAAGUUCGACUUUGGUCCGACAGUCCCCUUCCCGCGUCGACGCUGGAAGCCUCAUCUACCUGGGCUUUCCCUUUCAACCCAAAGGGGCGCGCGCUGCGGUGCGCCGGAUCCGCCCCUUCCCCGGGCUCUGGCGGGGCGGGGAUGGGUAGGCAGGGACCUGGAUCUGAUUAGCUGGGAGGGGGAAGCCGUGGUCCCAAUCGCUCGCUCCGGUCUCCCAAGCUUCUCGAGGAAGAGGAAGACGUGGAGAAGGGACGAUACAGAGAGGAAGAGCGGGGGUCCCAUCACUGAGCACCCUGGUCAAGGUUGGAGCCGCCGCCGCCGUCUUCCGGCUCUCAAGUCGCCCUCGCCCCGGGCCCAGCCAUGGGGCCCCCUUCCAGCUCCGGCUUCUACGUGAGCCGCGCAGUAGCCCUGCUGCUGGCGGUGCUGGCGGCCGCGCUCCUGCUGGCGCUGGCCGUGCUCGCCGCCCUGUACGGCCGCUGCGCGCGCGUCCCGCCGUCGGAGCUUCUCCACCGCGGGGUCCCGGACGCCGCGCCCUCCCCGCCCGGCGCGCAGGAGGAGCUGCUACCCACCCGGCGGACCGGCCCCACCCGUGAGCCGGCCGUGACGGCCACUCCGAGCAGCGGGCGCCCCCCAGGACCCUGGGACCAGCUGCGCCUGCCGCCCUGGCUCGUGCCGCUGCACUACGAGCUGGAGCUGUGGCCCCGGCUGCGGCCAAACGAGUCCUGGGCUCCGAUGUUGACCUUCAGCGGCCGCGUGAACAUCACAGUGCGCUGCACCGUGGCCACCGCGCGGCUGCUGCUGCACAGCCUCUUCCUGGACUGUGAGAGCGCCGAGGUGCGGGGUCCUCUCUCCUCCGGUACCGGAGACGGCGCGGUGGGCCGCGUGCCCGUGGACAGCGUGUGGUUCGCGUUCGACAUGCAGUAUAUGGUGCUGGAGCUCGGCGGCACCCUGCAGCCCGGGAGCCAGUAUGAGCUGCAGCUUAGCUUCUCCGGCCUGGUGUACCAGGAUCUCAGGGAGGGACUCUUCUUCAACGUCUACACGGACCAGGGGGAGCGCAGGGCCCUGGUAGUGUCUCAGAUGGAACCCACAUUUGCUAGGAGUGUGUUUCCUUGUUUCGAUGAGCCGGCUCUAAAGGCAACAUUUAAUAUUACAAUUAUUCAUCACCCAAGCUAUGUGGCCCUUUCCAAUAUGCCCAAACUAGGUCAGUCUGCAAGGAGAGACGCGAAUGGAAGCAUAUGGACCGUCACCACCUUUUCCACGACGCCCCACAUGCCGACUUACUUAGUGGCCUUGGCCAUAUGUGACUAUGCCCAUGUGGACCAAACCGAAAGGGGCAAGGAGAUACGCAUCUGGGCCCGGAAAGACGCCAUCGCCAACAGAAACGCAGACUUUGCUUUGAACAUCACAGGUCCCAUCUUCUCUUUUCUGGAAGAUUUAUUUAAUAUUAGUUACCCUCUUCCCAAAACAGAUAUAAUUGCCUUGCCUGCUUUUGACAACAGUGCAAUGGAAAAUUGGGGACUAUUGAUAUUCGAUGAGUCAUUAUUGUUGAUGCAACCAAAUGAUCAAGUAACAGACAAAAAGGCUGUGAUCUCCUUCAUUCUCUCCCACGAGAUUGGACAUCAGUGGUUUGGAAAUUUGGUUACCAUGAACUGGUGGAACGAUAUCUGGCUCAAAGAGGGUUUUGCAUCUUAUUUUGAAUUUGGAGUCGUUAGCAACUUCAAUCCUAAAUUCCCAAGAAAUGAGAUCUUUUUUUCUAACAUUUUACGUAAUGUCCUCAGUGAAGAUCACGCCCUGGUGUCUAGAGCUGUGUCCUUGAAGGUGGAAAAUUUCAAAGAAACCAGUGAAAUAAAUGAACUCUUUGACUUAUUUACUUACAACAAGGGAGCAUCUUUGGUCCGAAUGCUUUCUAGCUUCCUGAAUGAGAAUUUCUUUAUCAGUGCACUCAAGUCAUAUUUGAAGACAUUUUCUUACUCAAAUGCUGAGCAAGAUGAUUUAUGGAGGCAUUUUCAAAUGGUCAUAGAUGACCAGAAUAAAAUUCUGUUGCCAGCAACAGUGAAAAGCAUAAUGGACAGUUGGACCCACCAGAGUGGUUUUCCAGUUAUCACCUUAAAUGUAUCCACAGGCGCUGUCAAACAGGAGCCAUUUUAUCUUGGAAAGGUUAAAAAUGAGACUCUUCUAACCCGCAAUGACACAUGGAUUGUACCUAUUCUUUGGAUAAAAAAUGGACUUACACAGUCUCUAGUCUGGCUGGAUAAAAGCAGCAAAAUAUUCCCUGAAAUGCAAGUUUCAGCUUCUGAUCAUGACUGGGUGAUUCUAAAUUUGAAUAUGACUGGAUAUUACAGAGUUAACUAUGACAAAUUGGGUUGGAAGAAGCUAAAUCAACAGCUUGAAAAAGAUCCUAAGGCCAUUCCUGUUAUCCACAGGCUACAGAUGAUUGAUGAUGCCUUUUCCUUGUCAAAAAACAAUUAUAUUGAGAUUGAAACAGCCCUUGAUUUAACCAAGUACCUUGCUGAAGAAGAUGAGAUCAUAGUAUGGUACACGGUCUUGGUGAACCUGAUAACCAAGGAUCUUGUUUUUGAUGUGAACAGCUAUGAUAUGUACCCAUUAUUAAAGAAGUAUCUGUUAAAGAGACUUAUCUCGAUAUGGAAUAUGUAUUCAACUCUCAUUCGUGAAAACAUGGCAACAUUACAAGAUGACUAUUUAGCCCUAGUAGCCCUGGAAAAACUUUUUGAAACUGCGUGCUGGUUGGGCCUUGAAGACUGUCUUCAGCUGUCAAGAGAACUCUUCAAAAACUGGGUGCACCAUCCAGAGAAUGAAAUACCUUCUUCGAUUAAAAGUGUAAUUCUAUGUUACGGCAUUGCCUUGGGAAGUGAGGAAGAAUGGGACUUUCUGUUAAAUAUGUACGCUAAUAAAACAGAGGAAGAAGAAAAGAUUCAACUCGCUUACGCGAUGAGCUGCAGUAAAGACCCAUGGAUACUUAACAGGUAUAUGGAGUACGCCAUUACUGGAUCACCUUUCACUUUUAAUGAAACAAAUGUCAUUGAAGUUGUGGCAGCAUCUGAAGUGGGCCGGUACAUUGCAAAGGACUUCCUGGUCAACAACUGGCAAGCUGUGGGGGAAAGGUAUGGAACACAAUCACUGGUUGCUCUCAUGUAUAUAAUAGGGAGAACCAUAAGCACAGACUUACAGAUCACAGAGCUGCAGCAGUUCUUCGGCAACAUGUUGGAAGAGCACCAGAGGCUCACGGUUCACGCCAAACUACAGACAAUAAAGAACAAAAAUCUGGAAAACAGAACGCGCAAUGCCAGGAUGACGGCAUGGCUACGGAGGAACACAUAACCGGCGCCACUGCGGCCUGAGAGAAUGGAUUUUGCUCACGGUUCUGUCUCCCAGGGCUUCAUGAGUCUGGAAGACUGCAUGUUUUGUUAUUGGAAUGUCAGUCACGUUUGCUCCUCAGAGUCCUUCCUCUUCUUCCCUGGCUGUCGCGUUGGGCCCUGAGGCUCUGUGAUUCCCAAGGAAGUUGCCAACCCAGGGGAAGAUUUCACUCCGUGUGGGGCUGCAAAGCCACGGAAUUUACUCUGAGUGCCUUGUAAAAACAAAUUUACCUUUGAAAGCCUUGCUUAUUCUGUUGUGAAAGCCAGCGGAAUAUUAGAUCAUUGGCCAACUGAGCACAUUUUCUUUUCUGAGGGAAAACAGGAGACUUGCAAUACUCUAGGGUUUGUGUAGUUCGAUCUUGAAAAGCGUCGUGAGCAAAUAACACAACAGUGUCAAGAAAGAGAAACCAGAGAAAAAGAAUACUCACUAGAACAUAGAGAAGCCGAGGAAACAAUGUUUUAAAAAGAAGGAACAGAUAAUUCUAGGAGCCACGUGAAGUGCUUUAAGGGCCAGGAAAGUGUCUUCUGCCCGUUUCCCUCUUCCCACAGGGCCUGUCACAUCGUGCCACACGUUACAGGCCACUCAAGUUUACAGUGUCACAAAAAGAGCCAGGAUCGCAGGAUCCGUGAAGUGCCCUUCUGAUUGUGGAGGCUGGAAGGACAGGAAGGAACCUUCCUGAAGCUGGAGACUGCGUCCCCCCCCCCCAUGGCCUGGACACUCGCUCAGCCCAAGUUUAUGAGCAAAAAUAAGGAUGGCGACAGUAGCUGUGAGGGACUGAUCUUCAGCACAAAGGGAAGUGGUCAAAUAAAGAGAAAGAGAAGGAAAAGGCUAACCAGAGCAGACUCUUUAUAGCUCCGCACUCAGGGGACCAAGUCGGAAAUGUGAUUUCAUGUGGCCAAAUUGAACCUGCUUGUAGUGGGGACAACUUUAAACGUGUUCAUUAGUUACAACGUAGGGAAUUGGCUUAGCUCUGUUUCCCCGGAUUAAAUCAGGAUGGCUGAGGCAAAUCAUCCCACUUUAGACUUGGUGUGUGUUUGAUUUCAUCCUGUGUUUUCAUUUUGAUUUUGGUUUUGUAGAAUGGGGGUAAAACUGCAGAUCUCCGAUCUACCUCAAAGGGAUGUAAAGAGGAAGGAAGCCUUUAAAUAUGUUGUAUGAGCUCAAGGCCACGUGAUCUAGGGUUCCCCCCCUCUCUUGUGUAAGUCGAUGCAGCCACAAAUGAAAAUGCGAAACCAGAGUUGGCUUUUGUAUUCGCUUCCCAAGAAGGCGCUCCCUGAGUGAGCGGGAGGCCAUGGGACGUGGCCCCAAAAACCAGCCAAAACACCGCCUCCUCAGACUUUGACCAUGGGUCCUAGGUCAGAGAGUUUUUUCUUUAAAUUUGGAAAUGUACACUUUAAGCAAUAAAAUAUUGCCAUGUGUUCAAAUUGUUGUGUACGAGGCAUCUUCCAGUUUUUCUAGAAUGUUCGUUCUCUAUUUUCUAUCAUUCCUUUGAUCACAGCCUCAACUUAGGGUAACCGUGCCACAUGUCUUCUCUCUUGGCUUUCUCUUUCUCUUCUUCCUCUCCCUCCUUGUCUCCUUGGGCUCCCUUCUCCCCUUCAGUCACCUCUGCCUGCCUCCUGCCUGGCUGUCUGCGUCCCCUUCCUCGUUCUUGCCACCCCGCUGUGCCCUCAGAGGUUCUGACCCUGGUCACCAGGUGCGGGUGACACCAACAGUGUCUCCUCCCACAAGAGGAGCUCCUAGGUGUGGCUCUCCAGUCCAUCUGUUGAAAAUCAAAAUCCAGUUACAUCUUAGCUUCUGCGGUAAUUAAACAGCACUGAAAGUGUUUAUCAAGUGCCCAAAUAUUGGUUAAUAGUCCUUCCUCUAAAUAGGAAAAAGAACUUUGAAUAAUGUACAUUUUUUUCUUACAAGAGGAAGCCGGUUCCAAUUGGCAUGACAUUUUAUUAUAUUGUACUUAUGCUUAGUAUAAAAUGCAGUAAUUAUUGAUUGAUUACAGUGAUUGCAAUAAGGGAGCAAAACUGAGGCAGAUUUGUGUAAACGGUGUAAAUACUUUAUUAACCAAUAAGCCAGCCUAUCUAUUAGCACCCCAACUAUAAAACAAUUUCUCUGACCCAUCCAGUGUACCCAAGUCUGCCUUACACUGUUCGCCCUAGAUAAAAGUUAACAAGAUGGACACCGUGGUCGUGACUUUUUUCUAUUCCGUAAUUAGAAAUGUAAAGCUUUCCUCACAGUCUUCAGCUCUUUUCCUGCUCAAACCCAUUCAGUGACUUCCCAUUGCUGACUCUAAGUGAGAGAACAAAUGCCUUGGUCUUGAUGACUCGAGAUCGUCUGCAAUUUAGAGCUCUGGGGUCAAGCUGCACAGCACUUUUUGUGGAGAACGAGGGAAAAAGGAAAACGAGAUGAGAUUUAAAAGGCAGGUCUGCUUGAUUCCUUUUCCUCUUUGCUCCAACAAAUGCUAUCUUGCUUCCAUCCGAACUCCAGCAGGAUUAACAUGUCCGAAGCAAAGCCUUAUGUGGGACUUGGAGUAAAAACUGCCUUCCCCACACAGAGAAUCGGGAAUCAGCAUUCGAGACCUCUUAAAUAUUGCCUCCAGCCCGCUCUUCUCUGAAACACGACGACAUUCAGCAAAGAUAUUUUUUACAACACACAUAUCUAGGAAUUACUCGGGCUUUUCCUCUUCUCCUCCUUUCCUAAGCAGGUUGGUGCUUAAGGGGAGAGCAAGGCAGACCUCUACACCCAGGAGAGCCAAGGGGGAGCUGUGGAGCCCCAUGACCUGGAAUGGGUAGAAGAGCUUGGGUGGGCAAAGGGGGAGUCUAUGCCAUGGGGAACAUCUUAGUGCAGGACGGCAGAGCCCAAAGAAGUGAGUAAGGAUAACCACACAGUGCAGGGAGGGGGCUUAUGACAUAGAGAGUCAGAGCCCAAACAAGGUGAAAACGGGGAGCCCAAGUCCUAGUGCGGUGAAGAGGACUUCCCGGGCCAGGGCAGUGACCCAGCAGGAGGUGUGAGAGCCUGAAGAUGGUGAGGAGGACAUCACAUGGGGUAGGGCCGAGCAGCAAUGAGAGCUUGGUUACCCCAGGCGAAUGAAUCAAAUACAAAAACUCACAAAUGAUAAUAGGACCCAGGCUUCUCACUGUUGGAGAAGAGCAUAGCAAACAUGCAAAAAGAGAGAUCUAGAAUGAACCUUUGGUCAUUGGAUUGGAAUUGGAGGUGCCAAUGUGAACAGUCCUCAGUUCUCAAUACAGGGCUAGAGUCAUACAUAGAGAAGUAAUGUGUGUAGGCACAUGUUACUCUUUCUCUGUGAAGAGAUACACAUAUAUAGAUACAGAUUUGGAUAUAGAUAACACGGCAACAUCGACCCUAUCUUCUCAACUGAGGGGGUCUGGGAGCAGCGGCAUCCUACCAACAGCAUGCAUACAGCCAGUGCUGUACCAACCAGGGCUCCUCGGAGAAACGGCUGCUCUUGGGGCUUUGAUGGGAAAAGGACAGUUUGAGACGGAACACCUUUUCGUACCAAAAGACAAGGAAGUGCUCAAGGAAUGGUGGGGACAUGUCAAAUCCUGAUCCUUGACAAAUGUACAUCACAUGAAUCGAAUCACGAGGAAAGAGCAGACAAACCCAAACUAAGGGACAGGCCACAAAAUAGUCUUCAAAAGCCUCAAGGUCAUGGAAGUAAAGGAAAGAUGCGGCAUCAUUUUAGACUGAAGGAAGUUAAAGAUAUAGGACAACAAAGUGUAACAUGUAAUUCUGAACUGGAUCCCUUUGCUAUGAAGAACAUUACCGGGACAACUGGAAACAUUUGAAUGGAGUCUGAGGGUUGGAGACUGGAAAUGUAUCAAUGGUAAUUUUCCCUCUUGGACAGGUGUGUUACAUUGAGGUAGAAACCAUCCCUGACCUACAACCAGGGAUAUUUUCUGCCUAAACAUAACACACCUGUCCAAGUGGGAAAAUUAAUACACAUCAAGGGGUGAAUGGGGCAUCAAGGGACAACUUACUCUUAAGGACCCAGGAAAAAAUAUAUUUUUCUUGUAAUUUCAACUUUUCUACAAAUGUGUGAUUAAAUAAACUAAAUUUAAAAAUAAAUACAAGAAUUAUUUUUUAAUCAAAA